AUGGCACUUGCUCCACUCAUCGCCGCUGCGUUCGUUAUAUUCUUUAUACUGUACUGGAAGAAGGUGUAUUUGCUGAUACAAGAAAGGAUAUGGGUCAUCAAAUGUGUUGACAAAAUUCCAGGACCAUACUCUAUACCUGUGCUUGGCACCACUUGGCAGUUCAAAUGGAACAUUGCAGGUAAGUUUUUAGCAACUAUGCUAAAUUGCUGAUA